ACAAAAUAAAACAGUGUGAGUUUACUGAUUCGGUAUUCGCAAAAUAUUGAUUUUGUACUUGCUGCUCCUUUUGUGAGCUUAUUCUGAACGAAACAAAAAAAAAAACAAGUCAUAGAGGAAAAACUAAUAACGUAAAUAAAUAAAAGUGAACUAGAAGGAAGAAAAAAGCUCGAGGACGUGGAAAAGUUCGAUAACAUUCCUAAAAAUAAAAACAAGCAUAAAAAUGGAUUGCUAUCCUGAAUACCAUAAUCAUUAUCAUCACUACAAUAGCAUACAUAAUACAUACUUUGCAUCGAAUAACAGCCCAUCUCUUAAUCGAUUUGGUAGCACACAAUUAAACAAUGAGGCUCCACAGUCACCAUUGUACGAAGGAUUCUCAAGACACAAUCUACACAAUCAUCAUCAUCUUCCCAGCAAUCACCACUUUAACGGCCAAGGAAGUAGCUUUCCACCAUUCGAAUCGAACAACGAAAACAGUCAAUUCUAUUAUUCGAAUAUGCAUCAACCACCUCCAUCUAGCUAUUACGGUACACAACAUCCACAUCAUCAAUACGAGUCAUAUUCAUACCCAAGAAAUAUUCCCUCAAAUUAUCGAUAUCCCUACGGAUAUCAUCAAAGUCAACAUCAUUAUCCACCACAGCUACCAAGUCAUUCUCCGCAUUCCUUCUAUCCAAUACAACAACAACAACAGCCACAGCAUCAACCGUAUAAUAAUAGUAAUUCAUCAGAUCAUCACUAUAAUCACUAUCCAACGCCUCCAUCGUCUUCAAACCCACAAAAUCAUCAGCAGCAAGGAGAAUUUAAUCCUUCAACGAAUAAUUUACGCUCAAAUGACUUUUCAUUUAGUUCAUCACAGAUACAAGAGGGACAAAAUAGUGAAAAAUUAUUAGAUAAGGAUGUUAAUGUUAAGCAUGUGGAUACGUCAACGAUAAAUAACCCAAAUGUGGCAAAACUAAAUGAAUCAGACGAUAAAACAAAUAAUAAUAAUAAAAAUACUCGGAAUGAUCAACAAGUCAGUGUGAAUCCCUCGUUUGAGGAGUCGUCAGAUAGAAAUUCAAAUUCCCCAAAAGAAAUUCCAAAAGAUGAGAAGGCUAUAAAUAAUAAGAAUGAUGAUAAUAAUACGGAACGAGGAGAAGAAGUUGCCAAAAAACAUAAAAAUGAAUCAUUUAAUGAGAAUGAAAAUUGUGUGGAAAAUCAACAACAUGUACAGCAGAAUGAAGAAGCCACUCCGGCAACAGAUUAUUCACCUGAAAGCAGUUGUAAGGUGAAUAAAAUUCAACAAGAAAAUGAGAAGCAACAACAACAGCAACAGAAUGUAACGACCACGAAUGGUAUCAGUAAACUAUCGGAACAUCACAAUUCUACUGCUGGAGAUCUAAUUUACAGCAUCACAUUCGACAUGAAGCUUCUUCGAGUACUGAUCUUAUUGAUGUCCACUUUCAAUGGACUUCAAAUUACAGCAUCAGCAAAUAUCGUACAAACUGAGUACUUUCUAGCCUUGAACGAAAUUCAGCAGCACUUGAAUUUAUCAAUGGUGACUUUGACAAUGAGUGAGGAAGACUUUACACAAAAUGUGACAAAUCUUUUGAUUCAAUAUGGUGAAAAUUGGAUACGUUUAACAAAUGAGCUUUUCGAACGUGAUGGCUUUGUCGUUGACAUUAAGAAUCUCUAUAGAUUCGCAUCGACUAUAAAAUCUCGUAUAAAAGUGAACAUAUCACAAUCAUUAAAGGAUAUCAGGAUAUUAAUACGCAAGAAUAUGAAAUUCUAUCAAAUCUUCCUUAAGCAUUUACUCAACAUUUUAAAUCAAUAUGUUGCUGAAAUUGAAUCAACUUUAAAUGAUGAUUACAAUCUUAUAGAAUGUUGGGAUAGCUAUAAAACAGUUUAUUUUGAAAUCGCAUUUGAUGCAUGCAAUGCAAUUUAUAAGCACUCCAACUAUCAAAUUAAAUACCUAAACAAUGAGUUUGAGGGGUUGCGAAAGAAAAUUACAUCGGAUAUAAAAUCAACACAAACACUUAUGCUUAAAGAGUAUAUGGAACCGUUUAAGAAUCGUGUGAUUAUUAGAUAUUAUCUUCUAAAGAAUCAACAAACAAUUUACAACAACAUUGACCAAGAUUUCUCAAAAAUCAGAACAUCCUUGCAGAAAAUUGAAGAUAAAAUGCAGUAUGGAUUGAAAGACUUCCUUAAAGAGGCUGAUCAGAAGUUCUCUGAUGUUUAUAAGGAGAUAGUUGAUUGUUUCCAAUAUUUGAACAACGAAUAAGACUUGUCAUAGAUUCAUAAUAAUCCAUAUUGACAAGUCAUCACGUAAAAACUCAUCCUUUAAUAGUUACUGACAUUGAUUCAAGUGAAAAACAUUUCCAUCAUGCAGAGACAAACUGACACAUAUGAAGAUGUAAAAGAUUGUAACAAAAAAAAAUAAUAAUAAGCGUGGUAAAGCGCGAAACAUCCUGAUGAUGGAGAAGUAAAAAGAAUGUUUGACACAUGCGUUGUGAAUUUUUUUAUACUUUAUAUCCAUCCUCUCUAAGUCUUUGAUUUUUUUUUUACAUUCCUUCUUCGUCUUUUCAUUCACUGUUGCUUGAUAAUAUUUCCUAUUCCUACAAACUAACACCAUACAUGCUUAUAUUAAUUUCCAUUGCUCCCAAUAACUUACAAUAGCUGAAUGAGUUUCAAUUGUAUGUCUAUACUUAAAAAUUGGGGUAAUAAAUACUUUUGUGGA